AUGAUGGAAACCCCGAUCGGUGAUCUUAUUUCCCAAGAUGAUACAAAUAACAAGCUAUGUCCUCCUGACUCAAUGGAAAUUGAAAGUGAUGAAAGCUUUUCUUCUGUAAACGAAAGCGAAGGUGGGUUGGAUACAAUGGAGAAAGUGGAUACUUUGAUUGGAGGUGCAAGAGUUAUAAGUAAUAAAGUGAAAAGGAACGACGAUGAACAGAGCGCAACAAAGACAGAAGCAAAUCAGCCCAACAAUUAUCAUAACUUAGAAAAGGACCAAGCGAGUGCCAUAUCUCUCGAUCCUGAUGACGAAGAUCUCGAUGAGAUUAUUUCUUACUCGCAUGACGGAAAUUAUGACAGCUCUCAUAAAACUUUCUCGUUUUCGUUACCAUUUGGUAACACAAAUUUCCGAUCAAGUUCACCGUUAGCCAUUUUCAAAACUGUGCUACCCAAGACUCCUGAUGAAUUCAUUAAAAAGAACCUGAGGAAGAAUGAAAUCAGACAAAAACUGAAGAAAUCAACGUCCAUUUCUUCAUUAGAAGAAAUAGAGUUAUUCAAAUAUGAAAGGGGUAUUGAUAAUUCAAGGUUAAGAGCCGUUAAAGAAUCUUUGGAAAUGGAUGCCUUGAAGAACUCCAUUAAGCAAAUAACGGCAGACCCAUUCGACAAAACUCAUGACGGAUAUUACCGUUCACGCUUAGAAUCUAUAUGGCAUGAGUUGGAAGGAGAUAUCGUUAUUAUGGGUGGUUACCGAGGUAGUGUAUUAAGAGAUGCUACUACUCAUAAGCGAAUUUGGAUCCCGUUAAGGGCAGGUUUGAAUAUGACAAAAGUAGACUUAUUGAUCGGGCCCGAUGAUGAAGAUGAACUGAAAACUCAGAAGGAAAUUGUUCCUGAUGGAAUGUUAACACAUAUAGGCCCUCUUGACAUCUCUAAAAGAUUGAUAAAGAAACUAGAGGCAAAUCCUAAUUUAAACGUCCAGCAAUUCGGCUAUGAUUGGAGACUAUCGUUGGAUAUACCUGCUAGACAUUUAAGAACUAAAUUAGAGGAGAUUUAUAAUAAGCAAAAAAACAAAAAGGGAGUGUAUAUUAUUGCCCAUUCAAUGGGCGGAUUAGUGGCGCAUAAAGUUUUGCAAGAUUAUACUCAUUUGAUAAGAGGCAUUAUCUACGUGGGUUCCCCAAGUCAAUGUCCCAAUAUUUUGGGUCCUGUUAGGUUUGGAGAUGAUGUGAUGUGGAAUAAAACUAUAUUCAGUAAAGAAACGAAUUUUUUUAUGAGGAGCAGCUUCUAUUUUCUACCGCUAGAUGGUAGAUGUUUUGUUGACAAAACUACCUUAGAGAGAUAUGAUUUCGAUUUUUUUGAUACAGAGGUUUGGAAAAACCUUGGCUUGUCACCUCUCGUCAAUGAAAAGAGAGAGGAAUCAGCUCAGGAAAAAUCAAAACUAUUACCGAAAAAAACCAAAUCAUCGCUUUCACUUAAAGCUACUCUAAACGCGACUACCAAGUUUGUCCUAAAUGCACCUGUUGUUAGAAGUGUGGCCGGCAAUAACAAACAAUCACCAAGGGAUAUGCCUUUCGAAGAAGUAUUCCAUACCUCCUACAAAGACAGCUGCGAAUAUUUGACGAGAACUUUGAAGCGUACAAAAAAUUAUUUGGAUAGCUUGGAUUACGACCCGAACAAAGAAUAUCCUCCAUUGGCCGUGGUUUAUGGUAACAAGGUUCCCACUGUUAGAGGCGCUAAAGUAAAUGGUAUACAAGAUAUAAAAGAUGGGAAUUAUGAAGAUUUUUACUAUGGUCCGGGCGAUGGUGUUGUGCAUCAUAAAUGGUUAUUGCCUGAACAAAGAGGCUUUCCAGUUGUUUGUAAAAUCGCUAGUUCCUCAGGUCAUGUCAGCUUGAUGACGGAUUUGAAAUCAAUGGCGAAAGCGUUCAUAUCUAUCAUUGACACUGAAAAACAAAGAAAAGUAACUCAUAUAUGA